AUGAUUGGGUCCUCCCCGCAGAUGCUCGGGGCCUCACGGCCCCGCUGUUGUCCUUGUGCCCCUGGCCUUGGCUCUCCGCUCCUCUCUGCGCGUCUAGUGCCCCACACCGCCGUGAGAGAAACCGGCUGCCUUCUGCCGAGCCUCUAUGGGGACUCUCGGUCCUGUUUUAAUAGGUGUUCCUUACGGAUCACAAAUUAUAUGAGAAAUAAAAACGAUGAUUACUCUUCCAACAUGCAUGUGCGACUGACUAUGAAAAAUAAAUAUGAGAGAGUUCUUCAGCAGCCGUCGCCCGACAUGAAGAGCUACCUGUGGUCGCGCUACAAGGAGGCCAAGAGGGUCACCAAAGAGUUGGUUCCUUCAAUUAUGAGUAACAUGCUGAAUCCAGAUGCUAUUUUUUCAAACAAUGAAAUGAGCCUGUCAGACAUUGAAAUUUAUGGAUUCGAUUAUGACUACACCUUGGUCUUUUAUUCUAAACAUCUGCACACACUCAUAUUCAAUGCUGCUCGAGAUCUUCUUAUUAAUGAGCAUCGGUAUCCUGCAGAAAUAAGAAAAUAUGAUUAUGAUCCAAAUUUUGCCAUUAGAGGACUUCAUUAUGAUGUGCACCGGGCAUUAUUAAUGAAGAUUGAUGCUUUUCAUUAUAUUCAGCUGGGAACAGUUUACAGAGGCCUCAGUGUUGUCCCAGAUGAAGAAGUCGUUGCAAUGUAUGAUGGUUCCCAUGUCCCUUUAGAACAAAUGAGUGACUUUUAUGGAAAGAGCUCACAAGGAAAUACAAUGAAGCAAUUCAUGGAUAUAUUUUCCCUGCCAGAAAUGACACUCCUUUCUUGUGUGAAUGAAUAUUUUCUGAAAAACAACAUAGAUUAUGAACCUGUUCAUCUGUACAAAGAUGUCAAGGAUUCCAUCAGGGAUGUUCAUAUCAAAGGGAUAAUGUACAGAGCAAUUGAAGCAGAUAUUGAGAAAUACAUCUGCUAUGCUGAACAAACUCGUGCAGUGUUAGCAAAGCUGGCUGAUCAUGGCAAGAAGAUGUUUCUCAUCACAAACAGUCCCAGCAGCUUUGUGGACAAAGGCAUGAAGUUCAUUGUUGGGAAGGACUGGAGGGAUCUCUUUGAUGUGGUCAUUGUCCAGGCUGAAAAACCAAACUUUUUCAACGAUAAGCGAAGACCAUUCCGGAAGGUGAAUGAAAGGGGAGUCUUGCUCUGGGACAAGAUUCACAAGCUGCAGAAAGGCCAGAUUUACAAACAGGGUAACUUGUAUGAAUUUCUGAAGCUUACUGGCUGGAGGGGCUCUAAGGUUCUCUACUUUGGUGACCACAUAUACAGUGACUUGGCAGACUUGACCCUGAAGCAUGGCUGGCGCACUGGUGCGAUUAUUCCAGAGUUACGAUCGGAGAUUAAAAUCAUGAACACAGAAAAGUACAUUCAAACCAUGACCUGGCUGCAAACCUUGACAGGAUUAUUGGAGCACAUGCAGGUUCACCGUGAUCCUGAUUCCCAAAUGAUUUUAGAAGAAUGGAAGAAGGAAAGAAAGGAAAUGAGGGAGAUGAAUAGGAAUUUCUUCAAUGCACAGUUUGGAAGCAUAUUCAGAACUGAUGAGAAUCCAACGUACUUCCUGAGACGUCUCUCUAGGUUUGCAGAUAUCUACAUGGCCUCUCUGAGCUGUCUCUUGAACUACGAGCCUGAUUACACAUUUUAUCCAAGAAGGACUCCUUUGCAGCAUGAACUUCCUGGCUGGUCAGACCAGCUGUGCACUGGUACAUUCAGAAUACCUUUCCUACAAGAGACAGUUCAGGUUAAAUAAACUGCUGGUGGCUCGUUUCUAUAAUGGACAAAUAUGUCUGUUGGUUUUCUUGAAUGUACCUGUAUUUUAUUUAAGUCACUUAAAUCUCUUACCUUGGUUUAUAUGUAUUUCAUACAUAUUCUCAUAAGCUUUGUACCUGCUUUUCUCCUCUCUUGCUCAGAUAUGUGAAAACUCCUCUUACACACAGAAGAGAUGAUGGACUGCCAAACUAAUAGUGGGCCAGGAGGGAGGGCACAUCUAAGAGGGAGGACUGCUGGUGUUCUGGGGUGGUUAUUUUUGCUUGUUCAUUGAAAACUUUGAUCUGCAGCUUGUGGUUUACAAAGAAAUACCAGGACACUCUUUUCUGGCCCUUUCAGCACUCCAGCUGAAGCCUGAAAUGGAUCUUGGCACAGAAGAGCUUAAAUCCAGUAUUAGCAAUUCAGUGAUACAAGUUAGUAACCAGCUUAGGGUGAGACUGAGAGGGAUGCUCACACUUUGUACCUUUCCUUGCUGCUACAGAUGGAGCCUUACCUGUGAGGGGCCACGGGCUGGAGUGUCCUGGCUCUGCUGCACUGGCCUCAGGCUCCCAGGCUCUUUCUCCUGUCUGAGCAGUUUCUAUUCUUGCCAUGUCUGUGCUUAGCUGCAGGUAGACCUGAGCCUAAAACUGAAACUUGCAGUAGCUUGCUUCAUCUUCCUUCUCUUAACUUUUAGGUACCGGUUUUUUAAAUUUUUUUUUUGAGUUUCAUUCUCCAGUAGUAGUUGUUUCAAGAAGUUUUGCAUUUUGAAGUGGAGACAGAUCUCUUUACAGGAGAGAUCUAUAAAGAGUGGAGACAGAUCUUCAGAACACAGUUUGAUCCUAAAUGCUGCUUUGAAAGAUUUUAACAGUGUCUUAUUCCAGUGGUAUGCGAUGUGGCUUUGCUGUUCCCUAGGAGAGAAUGUAUUUCAUACAGCCUUCAGUAAUGGACUUCUACAGUCAAAAGUAAACACGCACAAUGGGCAAAGGACUUAAAGGAAAAACUAAGAAAUGAGAAAAUGAAACCCAGAGUUUUCUGAUGAUGUAUUUUUAGCUCAAGUUCUGAAAGCUAAAUUAGGAGUGGUACACAUUUUGAAUAAACAAAGAUAGUUUCGGUAUAGAUUAGAAGUUUUAUUGAAUUACUUAUAUUGAAAGUAAUGCAUGAGCACAAACUCCGGGUAGCAUAUGUGUUUCAAAGAUUUGAGCUGAAAAAUCUCUAUUUUGCACAAGGAAAACAUCUGUUGAUGUAUUUCCUCAAAGAGGCACUUUAUAGAAUUGCUAUAUAGUUGUUCUUAAAUAAGGAUUGUUUCCUUUCUCUGAAUCCAAAGGAAAUGUUUCUUUUUUUUGAAGUGGUGCUUCCCACCCCAGCCACUUUAGAAGGCAUAAUAUGAUUAAUAAUUUUCAAAUUUUAGUUAUUAAAGGCUUGUUUUUUAAAAGCAUGUGAUUAACAAAACAUAUACAUUUGGUAUUCAUUUUGGGAUAUCGUUUGCUUUCUAUCAUGAUUGUCAGGCAAACAAACUUUUGUUGACCAAAAGUUUUCUGGUUUGGUUUGUUUGUUUGUUUUUUUAACCUGUCUGUAUGUGCAAGUACCUGGAUUGAAUUUCAUAUACAGUAUAUUUCAUAUUUUUAAAAGCAUGUUUGCAAAGUAAAGAAUGUAUUCUAAUUUAGAAUAUCUGCACAAUUUUGUAAGUAGUUUUCCUGUAUGCUUGAAAUCAGUACGAAGUUCUCAGAGGUGGUUUAGAUUUUAUAAUUUUCUUAUACUCCUAUUUCAAACUUGACUGAAGUGUGUGAUUUAAACACCCCUGUGUUUAAACAGAUGAAUAUACUUGAAAUGAGUAAGUUCAUCUGACUGUCCUGCUUGUUUUGCUGGAAUAAAAAGAUAAUGUGUUGCAAAUCAGCAGGAGCUGAUUUGGUGGGGCUGUGCAAGAAAUAUUUAGCAUAACUUGAUAAUGAAAUACAAAGGUGGGAAUAUCCUGAUUUGCCUUCAGUUCUUAAUCCUAAUGCUCAGCUUCAACUGAACUUGGUGUUAUGUGUGUGUAACACCUUUCACGCUCCAGAGAUUUCAAUGCACUCUUUAGAAAAAAGACCCACCCAAACCACUGUACAUUCAUCCUGUGUUAAGCAGGAAUAGUUUAAUUGGCUUGGAUGGUUGUAUUGUGCACAAAAUGCACGUUUUGUUUCAAGAUUUUCUUCUUUCCCCCUUCCUUAAGUUAGAAAUCAAACUUCUCUACCAAGCUAUGUUGCAACAGCCAACUGAAGUAAAAUAUUGUUUAUAUUGCAUGACUUAUUGAAAUAAACAGUUGCAUGAAAAAGUUAAUUAUUGAAAGGUUAUGUUUCUUUAAAAUGACCCAACUAUAUAUAAUAGAAACUUAAGUGAGAAUACUCAAGUGUAUUAUUUAUUUUUCAGUGCUAAAGUGUUGCUUUUUAACUUGUAAAAAUAUCUUGCAUUUUAAGAAUUAUUUCACCUUGAUGCUCUCUGCAUUACUCAUUUUAACCUUAUGCUACUAAUUUUUAGGGAUUUUUAGGCAUGUUUAAUGGGAAGUGUCUACUAAUUUUGGUAGUAUGGUUCAUUUCAACACCAAAGCAAGACGAAAUUUUUGUUCUGGUCUGUCAAAAACACAGAGCUGAAUAGCCUGUCAGUAAAAAAAGAGUUUAAUGAAUUGUGGAACUUUUUUUUUUUUUUUUGUGAUAAAAGUAUUUAAUGAUUAUUACGAAAAUAAAUGCUUGGACUUUA